GGUUGUUCAUCUACCAAGAAAAUUCAUCGUCAUUUUGCAUGAGAAAAAAAACGUCGAAUUUUUAAUUGUAAUACAUUUUAUACGAAACGAAUAACGGUAGACGCAUAAGAAUCAACAUAUUUGUGCCAUUUUGUAAGCAUAUUAAGUGUCCAAUUCGUACUCAGUGUUACAAAAAAAAAUAUAUAUAUUAACCUCCAAUGACGACGAUUCGCAAGAAAUUGGUAAUUGUCGGCGAUGGUGCCUGCGGUAAAACUUGCCUUCUAAUCGUCUUUAGCAAAGACCAAUUUCCCGAGGUCUAUGUGCCGACCGUGUUUGAGAAUUAUGUCGCCGAUAUCGAAGUCGACGGCAAGCAGGUGGAGUUGGCCUUAUGGGAUACAGCUGGUCAAGAGGAUUACGACAGACUGCGUCCGCUGAGCUAUCCAGACACUGAUGUAAUACUUAUGUGUUUCUCAGUCGAUUCACCCGAUUCGCUAGAAAAUAUUCCCGAAAAAUGGACACCAGAGGUCAAACAUUUUUGUCCCAAUGUUCCAAUCAUUUUGGUAGGCAAUAAGAAAGAUUUGCGAAAUGAUCCCAACACAAUUCGGGAUCUGGCAAAGAUGAAGCAGGAGCCGGUUAAGCCGCAGGAGGGACGCGCUAUGGCUGAGAAAAUUAAUGCCUUUGCCUAUUUGGAAUGUUCGGCCAAGUCCAAGGAGGGUGUGCGAGAGGUAUUCGAGACAGCAACCAGGGCUGCACUGCAAGUUAAAAAACGGAAGAAGCCCAAAUGCCUUUUGCUCUAAAAGAGCAAAUAACAGAUUUCUAUACAUACACAAACACACACUCUCACACACACACACACACACACACCUUUUACAAGAAUAACAACUACUGUAACCAGAUAGCAUGCGGAAUCCGGCUACUACAACAGGCAGCAGCAACAACAACAACAACUACCGAAAGCUAGAAACUACAAGCAACAAGCAACACACACAACAACAACAACAACAACAUGAAACGGGCAAAAUGUCAAAUGCGGAUUUGAUUUUAUAUACAGUCUAGAGUAGUUAUUAACCGAAGUAAACAACAAUAAUAAAUAUCGCAUUAAUAUUAUUAUUAUUAUUUGUAAAUGUGACGGCGUCAAAAUCAGUCAACACUCAAGCUACCAAUACAUACUUACUCGUAUAUAUAUAUAUACACUCUUUAUGUAUGCAUACACUACAAUGUCCUAUAUAUAUCAUUGCAUCCGUUGAUUUUGAGAUUAAAAGCCAACAACAAAAUGUC